CCAGCAGCAUCAAAUGUGCACCAUAUCGUGAUAAGAGUGAUCACCACUAAAGCCCAAUUGCAGAUGAUAAUGGCUAGGGGAAGAAAAUGGAAAAUAACCAAAAAAAAAAAGAGAGGAGGAGGACUACCGGAGAGAGUGAAAGUGAGAUUUCCAUUCGUGCAACAUUUAUCAUCUUUCCUAAAAGCUUAAAGUUCGACGAUGGUAGAAUCAAGGUUCCAAGGCUAUAGAUUCAACUGACAGAGUUCUUAUCGGCAAACAUUUACCUUUCGAAGAGAGAGAAAGGGGUUGGAGAAAUGGGGGUCAACUGGGUGAAAUAGCAAAGGUGAAGCGAAUAAAGCGACUAAAGCAACCAAAGCCCCCAAAAGGCCCAAACGACAUUGGCAUUGGCCUCGCUGAACUUUAACCAAACACAAUGGGUUGGUAGACCAGAGAGCCAUUACCAUUGUGACGGUGUCGAUGUGGAUGACGAGCGAUGAUUUUGCAUUUAUUUGCACACCAACCAACCACCCACCCACCGAACCAUUCUGCAAUUUUCCGUAUUUUCUCCUGCAUUUUCCGUAUGGCCAAUGAGCCAUGGAUGGAAUGGAAUCGUUGCCACAGGACUAUAUGAAAGAACAAUGGUUCGCUGGAAACUCGAAAACCCAUUAGACCAACUGCAGGUAUGUAUGGUCAUUAUACCCCUAUUCAUUUUCUCUCUUUUUUAUUUUCUGCACUUUAAGAAAAUCUAUUAAUAAGUAAGAUAUGGGUUUAAGAAGGUUUUUUUUAAGGUUAAAGCUGGGAUGUUUUUGAUAUUAGUUGUCUUGCUGUUCCACAAACCUAACUAAAUCUCUUUUAACUACUUCUUAAAUAACUUCUAAGAUUCAUUUUUUGGCAUAAUUUAUUCAAGUGUAGUGUGAAAAACCAUGCAGCUGUCGAAGAAGCCGUAAUGGGGCGCAAGGGCAGAGUAAUUGAUGGCAAUUACUCUUUUGUUCUGUCUCCGUCAUAUAUAUAACUAUAUAUACAGAUAUAUCUAUAUCGCAACGUAUUCAAUUAUUCAGUUAUUGCCAUUAUAAAUGAUGAUAAUUCCUGUCACGGUUAUUGGCUGAAUAAUGAUCCCUGGGCCCAGCUUAUUUCGCACCAAUUUUUGAUUAGGUUUCUGGUCCCUUAUAAAUCACAUAGCUGGGUGAAACAGGCAGUCACUGUACGAUAAGAUAGUCUUUCCCGAUGCAAGCGAACUGAACUUUAUCUACUAUAUCUUUGGGGGGCGAUGUACGGCGAACAGGUGACAGACAUGCACUCAAACUGCCGGCACUCGAAACAAACAAAUUGUUGCGAUAUCGCCAUUAAAUAUAGAGAUUUAGGAGUGAGGUGAAUCCGUGGUUAAACAGCCUUGAUGGGUGCAAUUAACAACUGGAUUUACGAUAAGCCAUUAAAACAAUUUACUAAAAGUACCAUAUGUGUUUCGCGUUCAACUUCAAGUUGGCAGCAAAUUGAUUAUAACCACAUUAACCAUUCAAUGGACAUGCCAUUGCUCAUCGAUUUUUAUUUACCUUUUUGGUUUCUCUUUUUCUGUAACCGCAGUUUGGGGGGGUCAAAAAGACAUAAUCAACAAAGUUUUGCAUUAGGGUUUCCAGGUUAAUAAUCAAAAAAUCGAAUGGUUACCCUUAAGUAAGAAAUGCAAUCAAGUUCAUAUCAAAAAUCUUCAAAAAUGCCCUUAUUAAUUAUCUCGCUACACUUUGGCCUUUUGAAAUGUCAGAAAAUGUUUGCAACUUUUAUGACAGCUUAAUUGCAAUUAAUUUCAAGUUGAAAACUACAGUGUCAGCGUUGGUAAGCCAAUAAUCGAAUGAGACUUGGACUGAGUUUCUUUUCAUUUCAUACGUAACUUAUUUUUAAUUAAAUAUCAAUCGAAAUGGCAUUUAAUAAGUGGCUAUAAUCGAAGUUCUCUUUGAAAGUUAAAAUGAAAGAAAAGACUACUAACUUUGACAUUACAUUCAGAUAGUUGAUAAGGAAAAAUUCCAAAAAAAAAAACAAAUUCAAAAUUAAAAACCCCCAAAAUUAUGGUCAAGGUUAUAGAGGAUAUUUUCGGGAUUGCCACCAAUCCGUUUACCAAUCAAGCUCAGGUUAUACGUCGCUAUACCAUCACUAAUACCAAUCGUCUUUCCGUGUCCAUCAUCCAACUGGGAGCUACUAUCCAGAGCAUCCAAGUACCAGAUGCCUAUAAUCAGCUGUCCGAUGUGGUCCUCGGAUUCGAUGAUAUAGCUGGUUAUAUGAAGUACAGGAAUUAUAAAUUUGGAUGCACUCUAGGACGAGUCACGGAUAUUGUGAGCAAUGGAGAGUUUAUCAUGGAUGAAAGACGUGUGAUUGUGUCAAGGAAUCUCAACCAGAAACAUCACAGCAAUGGUGGCUUUGUGGGUUUCGAUCAGAUCAUUUGGGAUCUCUAUAUGAAGCGACCGGAUGGUAUUACCCUACGUCAUGUCUCCCAGGAUGGACACGAGGGUUUUCCUGGGAACUUGAAUGUUCUACUCCAUUUCACCGUCGACGAUGAUAAUCGUUUCUUUAUACGCAUCGAAGCCACCACUAACCAAACAACGCCAGUGAAUAUAUCCAAUCAUAUAUACUUCAAUCUAGCUGGUCAAAGUACAGGGGUCAAGGGUAUGUUCGAUCAUCAAAUCAAUAUUGAAUCAAAGGAGACAUUGGAGAUAGCUGGUGGUGAAGGAGGAAUACCAACGGGUCGGUUUAAGAGUGUCAAUGAUUCGGUAUACGAUAUAAGAUUACCAGUAUUCAUGGGCGAUCGAGUGCGUCAGUUUGAGGAAAAACCAACCAAAGGCUAUGAUAUUUGCUAUUCUCUUGAUAGGGAAUUCGAUUCGAAUAUAACCCGUUAUGUGGGCACUUUUCUACAUGCCGAAACGGGGCGGUAUAUGGAGAUCUAUAGCAAUCAACCGGGUGUUAAACUCACUACCGCCAACAAUUUUCCCCAAGAACCCCUAGGCGAAGAACCGAUUUUGGGUAAAAAUUGCACCCGGUAUUGGCAGCAUUGUGGUUUUAGUUUGCAACUAUUUAACUAUCCGGAUGCUGUCAAUCAACCGGAAUUUCCACGCAUCUUUAUCAAUCCGGGAGAACAUUAUUUCCAUGAGACUAUCUAUCAUUUUGGUGUUCAGGAAUCAUGGAAAUGUUGUGCCAAUCCUGAGGAACUAGAGGCUUUGGGAGAAACCCACAUAUAAAAUUCGACGGCCAUUGCUUAGGUAACUGAUAGAAGAAGAUACCUUCUAAGGAUAUAUCCAUAACAGAUGUAAUCCUUGUCAUUAUCAUUCGCUUGAGAUUGAUCUGGUAGGGGAAUUUUCAUUUCAGUUUUUGUUUUUCAUUAAUAAAUUAAGGCAAGGAAAACACAAUUAAGAGCUUAAGAGAAAACGUACUUGGGAAAUGGCCAGGAACUGGCGCUCUUGUGGCUAAUUGAACUGUGUAUAUAUAUACGGGGUAUAUAUGCCAAUAAAUGCUUCACAUUUCCUGGGAAAUUCGUGGCGUAACAAGUGCUUAUGAAGGCUAAAUGAAACUCGCCCUCGACCACCAUUCACCACAUUAUCAAUUUGUCUGCGCUGGGCUGUGGCUGUUGCGUCGAGGAAAUGGCCAAUCGAAAAAUGUUUCCACGAAAUGUGCAUAAAACAAUCAAAGGCAUUUGGGUGGGAUGUGGAAAAACUGUAUCUGUGUGUCUUUAGAGGAAGCUGAAAGAUUUGCAGAAAAUGCGAACAUCAAAAAAACAGAAAAAAAAAAAUCCGAGUUUAUAAAGCUCAUGGAGCGACCCUCGAACAUGAAUAUGCGGCUAAUGGGGCAUCUGGCACGUUUUUGGAUCGAUUGGAAAUGUAACCUGAUGUUUUGUGUACCCCUAGAUUGUUGACUGUUUGCUUUUCGGUAAUAUACUAAAUUUAGCAAACGGCUGCCUCUGCGAAUCCAUUUUACUUAAAGUCUAUAAAAAGGCGAACACCACCAACGGCGUAGAUGGGGGAAUAUCGAUCUAAAAUUAGAUUUCGAUGGACCGCUGCUAACCUCCGCCGUUUUGGCAUUGAUGUUGGUGUUUAGUGGCGUUAUGGGACCAUUUCUCCCCCUUACCCCUCAUCAACCCCUUUCAGUUUUUUCCGCAU